AUGGUUGGUGCUAUGUGGAAGGCAAUUGUUUUGGUGGCCCUGUUCAUGUUCUGCCCUGGUGGCGAUGGGCUCUUUCACUCAUUAUACAAAAGAGCUCAGGUUUCCGUACCACAUAAAGGAGACGUAGGAGAGCCAUUAUUUCUUACUCCCUACAUUGAAGCUGGGAAACUCAAAGAAGCAAAAACAAAGAGUUUGGUCACUGCUUUCUCAGGAUUGAAUGUGAAGAGUUACGCUGGCUACAUCACCGUGAAUAAAACCUACAACAGCAACCUCUUCUUCUGGUUCUUCCCGGCUCAGGUAGACCCAGCAAUUGCUCCUGUAGUUCUCUGGCUGCAAGGAGGGCCAGGAGGUUCAUCCAUGUUUGGACUCUUUGUGGAACAUGGACCUUUUUUUGUCACAAGUAACAUGACCUUGCGUGCCAGAGACUUUCCUUGGACCACCACACUCUCCAUGCUUUACGUUGAUAAUCCAGUGGGCACAGGUUUCAGUUUUACCACCAGCCCCCAGGGAUAUGCAGUCAACGAGGAUGAUGUGGCACGGAAUUUAUACAGUGCAUUAGUUCAAUUUUUCCUGCUGUUUCCUGAAUAUAAAGACAAUGACUUUUAUGCCACUGGGGAGUCUUACGCAGGGAAAUACGUGCCAGCCCUUGCACAUUACAUCCACGUUCUCAACCCCAACCCCAUGAUGAGCAUGAAGAUCAACCUGAAAGGAAUUGCUCUUGGAGAUGCGUAUUCAGAUCCUGAAUCGAUCAUAGAGGGCUAUGCAACAUUCCUGUACCAAAUUGGCUUGUUGGAUGAGAAGCAGAGAAAGUACUUCCAGAAGCAGUGUGAUAACUGUGUGAAAUACAUCAAGGAGGAGAAGUGGCUUAAAGCCUUUGAAAUACUGGAUAGACUACUAGACGGUGACUUCACAAACAACCCUUCUUACUUCCAGAAUGUCACAGGAUGUCCUAGUUACUAUAACAUAUUACAGUGCAUGGAAGCUGAAGACCAAAAUUACUAUGGGACUUUUUUGUCCCUCCCACAAGUGAGGCAAGCCAUCCAUGUGGGAAACCAGACCUUUAGUGAUGGAUCUGAAGUUGAAAAAUACAUGCGAGAAGAUACAGUUAAGACCGUUAAGCCCUGGUUAGCUGAAGUCAUGAACAAUUACAAGGUUCUGAUCUACAAUGGCCAACUAGACAUCAUUGUGGCAGCUUCCCUGACAGAGCGCUCUCUGAUGGCCAUGAAGUGGAAGGGGUCCCAGAAAUAUAAGCAGGCGGAAAGAAAAGUUUGGAAGAUCUUUAAAUCGGAUUCCGAAGUGGCUGGUUACGUGCGGCAAGUGGGUCAGUUCUGUCAGGUAAUUGUUCGAGGAGGAGGACACAUUUUACCCUAUGACCAGCCUCUGAGAUCUUUUGACAUGAUUAAUCGAUUCAUUUUCGAGAGAGGAUGGGAUCCUUAUUGAUGGAUAAGCUACGUUCUUGAA